AUGGCGGGGCUGGAGGGGCGCCGAGGGGGCCAUGGAGGGGAAGGAAGAAUCCCCCCAAAAAUCCCGGGGGGUGGGACCUCCUCCCGUGGCCCCGAAGUGAAGGGGACGCUUCCCACCCUCCCCGGGCUGGGAGUKGGGAGGACCCCACAGAUGCCCUCCGCAACAUACGUAGGGAUUUGGGAUCCCCCCUCCCYCUCAAAAUACUCCUGGGAGACCUACCACGGGAACCCCUGGAAUUUGGGUGGCCUCAGGGGUCCUGGGUCCCCCUCCUUGCCCCGAGAAGAUCCAGGACCCCCUUGGCCCUCCUCAGAAGAAGCUUCCGAAGUCCGGGACCCCCUGGCCUCUCCUCAAGAUCCCCUGGACACUCAGCGGGACCACCUGGGUCCGCCCCSAGCUCCUGGGAGCCCCAAGCCCCCGCCAGACUUCCCCUCCAGCUCCUCAGGACCCCACUUCGUCCCCUGUCCUAAACGAGCCCCCGGUGUCCACGGCCACUCCGGACUCCCCAGGAAACCUCCGGGACUCCCCAGAAGCCACCAAGCACCCAAAAGACGCCAACGGGACACACCGAAACGCGCAGCCAGGACUCCCCCGGACCCCYCGAGACCCUCCAGGAUCCCCUCUGGACGCCCUCGGAGCCCCCGCAGAGCCAAAAUCCUGCCCCGAAAUCCUGCCCCAGCCCCCCGCCGCCCCCCACUCACACGUUCCUAUGGCGACGCGCUGCCCCGCUGGCGCUUCCGGGUGCGUCUCCUCUUGAUUGCGUCUCUUCCCGCCGAUCUCCCCGGAAGUGCGGCCCAUUCCGACACAGCCGCCACACCCAAGAUGGCGGCCGGGUCACCGCCCACCGCGUUCCCGCGCGGCGCGGAGCGAUGACGUCACAGCCGUCUGUUCGAAUGGCCAUGGCGGGAGUCCGCGGCGGCCGCCGUUCGGCGGGGGCGACCCCGAGGGUGACGCGACGCAGCUCCAAGCGCUUGGUGGUCUCAGCCCCCCGGGGGGGCCCCCCCUGGGCAGUGCCGUCCCGCAGCCCUCUGGGCAGCCCCGUGAGUGGGGGUCUCUGCAGGAGAUUCGGGGAGCU